UUGGACAGUGUUGAGGAACUAAGAGAGAGAAAGGAUAGAUACUACGAAGUAGAGAGAGAGAGAGAGAGCGCUUUCGAUCAAUUUGCAGUCACUUCUAUAAAGCGACGGAAAAUUGUUCAACUGGAUUCUAUCACUUCUGCAACAAUCCCUAUCUAGAUUUUCCAUUUCUUUUGAUGAUCAAAUUAUAAGGUCUUGAAGUCAAGAAAGGGGAUAUCUGGUGUUGGGCAAUGUCUCUCAGUAAAGACCUUCUCUUCUUGAUCUUACAGUUUUGUAAUGAGGAAGAUCUCAAAAGAACUGCUCACAUGCUUGAGCAGGAAACAGGUUUAUUCUUUGACAUGAAGUAUUUCAAGGAUCUUGUGCUUAGUGGCAAUUGGGAUGAAGCUGAGAGAUACCUUUCGGGUUUCAUCAAACUCGAAGAUGACAAGUAUUCGAAAAAAAUCUAUUUUGAAAUUCGGAAACAAAAGUUCCUUGAGGCACUGGAUGAACAUGAUUGUGCAAGGGCUUUAGAUAUCCUUAUGAAAGAUCUAAAAGUUUUUGCCCCAUCAAACGAAGAGCUGUACAAGGAAAUGACAAUGCUCCUGACUUUAGAUGAUUUCAGAAAACACGAGUCAUUCACCUUGUUUGGCGAUACAUUGUCUGCUAGAAAACACAUGAUGAAUGAACUUCAAAAUAUUAUCGAGGAAAAUCCCAUUUUCCAUGAAAAACUGAAGUUUCCUCACAUCAAUAUGUCAAGGUUGAGGCGCCUUGUUAACCAAAGCUUAAAUUGGCAGCAUAUUCUUUGCUCACAUCCACAGGAAAAUCCCGAUAUAAAGACCCUCUUUACAGAUCAUCAAUGUCCGCUGCCCAAUCAUCCAUUUGGUGAAUCAAUUGAGAUCAAUCCGUUGCCUUCUAGAGCCACGUCAGUGUCAGUCUCACCUUUCUCUAGCAAGGAGGCUUCUGAUCUAUCUACUGUAACGCAAUCUAUAGUUUCUGAGGAGGCUCUUGACCUUAGUGCUCAAACCAACCCAGAUGCAACUGUGAAAGGGUUCAUGGAUUUUGAUAAUACAUCCAAAACAAGGUCCACUGGAACUUUGGAUAAGGUGGCAUCAUCCAUAACUUUGUCCAUCCAAAGUGACAGUUCUGUAUUCAACAUCCCUGAUGAUUUGCCCAAGACUGUUGGACGCAUUUUGAAUGAGGAAUCUUCUCCGACAAGCAUGGAUUUUCACCCUGUUCAGCAUACGUUUCUUCUAGUUGGAACCAGUGUUGGGGAUGUAGGGUUGUGGGAAGUUGCUUCUGGGGAGAAACUGUUUUCAAGUAAAUUUAGUGUUUGGAAGAUCAAAACUAUUUCAAUGGCAUUCUUGGCGACUCUGCUCAAAGAUCCACGUGUCUCGGUUAAUCGUAUAAUAUGGAGCCCUGAUGGUUUGCUAUUCGGGGUUGCAUAUUCAAAACAUAUUGUGCAAUUAUAUUCUUAUCAUGGUGGCUGUAACAUCCGGAAACAAUUGGAGAUUGAUGCACAUGCUGGAGGUGUAAAUGAUCUUGCAUUCUCCAAACCAAAAGAGCAACUUCUUGUUGUAACCUGUGGUGAUGACAAGUUGAUACAGGUGUGGGAUGUAAUUACUGGUGCCAAACAAUAUUCUUUUGAAGGUCAUGGGGCCCCGGUUUACUCCAUUUGUCCUCGGACAAUGGGAAUUAUCCAUUUUCUGUUUUCAACAUCACUGAAUGGAGAGAUUAAAGCAUGGUUCUAUGAUGAUAUGGGAGCAAGGGUAGAGUAUGAUGCUCCUAGACACUGUUGCACAAGAAUGGCGUAUAGUUCUGAUGGUUAUAGGCUCUUUUCAUGUGGGACCACUAAAAGCGGAGAGUCAGUCUUCGUUGAGUGGGAUGAACGUGAAGGUUGUGUGAAGAGGACCUACCAAGGGCUUUGCAAUUGUUCAUCAGAAGUUGUACAGUUUGAUACAUGCAAGAACCAGUUUUUGGCUGCUGGUGAUGACCAUUUAAUCAAAUUUUGGGAUAUAGACCACGAAGAACUUCUGACAACUAUUGAUGCAGAAGGAGACCUUCCUGCAACUCCAUUUAUUUGCUUCAAUAAGAAAGGCACAUUAUUGGCUGUUCUAACAAAUCAUAAUGGAAUCAAGAUCUUGGCAAAUGAUAAUGGCCUUCGGUUGUUGCAAAUUUCUGGAUAUCAUUCCGAUGAUGUCUCAAGAGUUCUCUCAGAAACUUUAAGAAAGCUUGCAAUCAAUCCAACUCCAACCGUCACUAGCCCUGGAGUUACAGAUGGAAAUGUCCCUUGGGUGGGUAGUCCUGGAAAGGAUGGAGAUGCAGGUAACUUGGAGAAACCCGAUGACGUAUCAGAGGAAGCGGAUGACAUAUCAGAGGAAUCGGAUGACGUGUCAGAGGAGGAAUCCGAAUCAGAUGACGUGUCAGAGGAGGAAUCCGAAUCGGAUGAUGUGUCAGAGGAGGAAUCCGAAUCGGAUGACGUAUCAGAGGAGGAAUCUGACGACGCAUCAGAGGCAGAACCCGAUGGCGUAUCAGAGGUUCCAAAUUUCUCUGAAAUUAAUGUACCCUCACAGUGCCAGUCCCUGAAUCUCCCUUCUGAACUGAAAACAGACAAGCAGAUUUCGAAGCUGGUCUAUACUAAUGCAGGUAAUGCCAUUUUGGCAUUAUCAGGAAAUGGCAUUCAUCUAAUGUGGAAAUGGUCACAACAUCAACCUAAUGUGAGUGGCAAGGUGACCACAAAGGUUCCCCCUCAAAUAUGGAAACCGGAGAGUGGAUUACUGAUGACAAAUGAUUUCACUGGCAUUAACUUUGAAGAGGUCUGGCCUUGUUUUGCUUUGUCCAAAAAUGAUUAUUAUGUCGUGUCAGCAUCAGGGGGGAGGAUUUCUCUCUUCGAUACCAUGACAUUUAAGAUGCAGCAGAUCAUGACAACUUUCAAGCCUCCACCGCCUGCUGCAACAUGUAUUGUUUUCUAUCCCCAAGAUAACAAUAUAAUUGCAAUUGGCAUGGAUGAUUCAACAAUCAUGAUUUAUAACAUUCGUGUAAAUGUGGUUAUAAGAAAGCUCAAGGGUCACUAUAAAAGAGUAACCAGCCUUGCCUUCUCUAAUGUACUGAAAGUGCUCGUCUCUUCUGGAUUUGAUUCUCAGAUUAUUGUGUGGGAUUUUAGUCGUGGGGAAAAGAAGAAAAGUGCACGGUUGUAUGAUUGGUUGAUAUUAAGACCAUCAAAUACCCAUGUCCAAUUCCACCAGGAUCAGAUGCACUUCCUCGCUGUGCAUGAGAAUGUUAUUGCAAUAUAUGAAGCAACAGAACUAGAACUUGUGAAGCAGUGGGUCAAUGGAGCCUUCCGUGCGCGGAUCUCCCAUGCCACAUUCUCAUGCAAUUGCCAGUUAGUAUGUGCCGGAUUUCUGGAUGGAACUGUGUUAAUAUUUGGUGCUUCAAAUCUCGAUCUACGAGCCCAGAUUAAUCCUGGUGCUUACCUUCCAUCUCACGUCAGUAGUUCCGACGUAUAUCCGUCUGUCAUUGCUGCUCAUCCGAAAGAGCCAAACCAGUUUGCCUUUGGGCUAACAAAUGGUGAGGUCGUCAUCGUUGAGCCUCUAGAAUCUGAAGGUAAAUGGGGUUUGCUGCAACCAGUUGACGAUGAAUCAUAUAACGAAAAGCAAGCCGACGAUAUUCCUGCUAGCUAUCCUUAGAAAAGAUUGAACAAUAAGAUGGUUUCAAUCCUUAUUUUGGUUUACUAUUGAGUAAAAAUGUAGUGGCACAAACCAGCUAGACGAGGGAGGGUAUAUGUACAUAUAAAUAUUAUAUAUAAAAAAUUUUGCCCCUUGUUCAUGAUGCUUUGCCUUCUCUUUAGCCCUUCUUUACUUUUAGGAGAAUGCUAUUUAGAACCAAAAUUCAAGUUUUGGCCUUAUCUAAGGACAGAAAUUCUUGGGCUAACAUUCUCCCGUACUUUGUUACAAAGUCUUUGGUGUGACACCGGUCAAAGACUAUGUUAGACAGUGUUGCAUACCCGUUCACAUAUGCCCAAGUCUUUUUUCGUUCGGAUUGGAUGUGGGACAAGCUACCUUAACAUCUAGAAUGCACCAGUCAAAUACUCAUUGAUCCAAGUGUGUUAACCUAG